AUGGUGCGGCGGUGGGAAGCUAGGCAUGCUUCUAUCACGCAUCUAUGCACAGCUUUAUUGUGGUUGUUUACACGUUUCAACGAAUUGAAUGCAGUUAAAAUAGUGAAAAUAGUAGUGCCAGAAAUAAUACAGUACGGUGUGCAAGACGCUGUGAUUCUAGACUGUGACUAUACUUACAAUAACAACACAUCGGGACUGGUAGUGAAGUGGUUUUUCAGAAACAAAGCUAGACCUGUCUACCAAUGGAUCGUGUCGCAAAAGCCACAGGACAUGGGGAUAUUGAGAGGUCGUGUUGACUUAGCCUACAGAGCAUCAAGCGAUCCAUUAAAAAUGUACAGAGCACUCCGCAUAGUGAAGCCCGACACCGACAUCUCUGGUGAUUACACGUGUGUCGUUUCAACAUUCAUGGAAGAGGAUUCAAGAACUAAGCAAAUGAUCGUUUUUGUUCCGGAGACGAACUUCCGCCUGAUCCAGAACAAUACUGACGAUGAUACUGUGAACGUCAUAUGUGCUGCAGACGGAGCGUUUCCUGCACCAAACCUCACGCUAGCCACACCUGAGAGGUCGUAUAAAAUCGAAGACGUGUGCUCUAAACAGCAGUUGGCUACAAACUUGGCUAUAACAAGGCAACUGCACCUUAUUGCUAACCAAUCGGCCUACAUCGCUAGACUCAUGCUUGCUUGA